CCUUUUCACCCCCUCCUUGGUCUCCGUCUCCCCCUUCUCCCCCCUCCCUCGCUCCCCCUUCUGUCCCUUCCUAUCAGCCCCUCAAGACCUCUACCACCCGCCGCCUCCGCCAGUGCUCCCGCGACCACCGUGUAGUGUGGACGUUUAAAGCCUCCACAACCACGUGUCGGCGCCCCCAAGCAUGAGUGACGGAACGAGCGCCGCGGGGCCGGGGCCGUGGUGGGUGGUGGUGACGGGGGCCUCCCAAGGGUUGGGGGCGGCUAUCUGCACCUGCCUCGCGCCCCUGCUCCCCCCAGGCUCCAAGCUGCUGGGCAUGGCUCGCUCCCAGCAGGGCCUCGACAGCACAGUGGCCUCCGUUAAGGCGAUAAACCCCAAAGUGACGGUGGUCCCGGUGGUCAUCGACCUCAGCACCGCCACGGCCCCGGACUUCGAGGCGGUGCUGGAGGACCACUUGGCGGCCGAGCAGUCCACGCCGCCCGCCCAGGCCUUGGUCUUCCACAACGCUGGCUCCCUCGGCGCUCUCAAGUACCUGCGAGAGAUGGACGACGCCUCCCAUAUAUCUAAUUACUUCAAUCUUAAUAUUGGCUCUGUCAUACUUCUGAAUGCUGCAUUCCUGAGGCUGACGUCAGCUGUGCCCAGCUGUGUUGUGAAGAUGAUCAACAUCUCCUCAAUCUGUGGUCUGGAGCCCUUCAAGAGUUGGGGCCUUUACUGCACCGGCAAGGCUGGCCGGAACAUGCUCUUCAAGGUGCUGGCUGCUGAGAACCCUUCCGUUAGGGUCCUCAGCUAUGGCCCUGGACCCCUCAACACAGACAUGCAGGUCCAUGCUCGCACAGAGACGCAAGAUGAUGACCUCCGCAAGGCUUACACUUCCAUGAAAGAGGAGGGCAAGCUGCUGUCCUGUGAUGCCUCGGUGAAGAAGCUGCUGCAGGUGCUGGAGAAAGACGAGUUCAAAUCUGGUGACUAUGUCGACAUAUAUGACGUGUAGCAGGGCAGGGGAAUGAAGUGCACCCUGUUUGUUUUUAACAUUUGCUGUGAAUUUUGAGUAAUUUCUGUUAUUAAAACAGUCAAAGGAAACAACACUGCACUGUGGCAGAUGCAUAAAUGGUAACAAAAUUGUUAUGGAUUAUGUGCUCUUAAAUUCGCAUAAUGUAAAUGUGUUUAUAAAAUGAACAGGGUGUAGGUCUUGAGUAAUGCUUACAGUGUACUGCAUUACACUGUAUUACUAGACUCUACUGCUGGCAGAGUUUACUCACAGCAAGUAUUUCAACCUUUUCUUUCUUCUACCAGACAGAGGUUGUAGAGUAACCAUUAUUUUUUACUAUAAAUACAGAUGAUUAGUAAUCAA